GAAGCUUCAGCGGAAGAGGCGGGGCGUCUGGAGAGGGAGCGUCGGGUUGGCGCGCGGCGUCGGCGGCAGUUGGAGUUGCGGUUGCGGCACGUGCUGCUAGGGUGGUUCUCUCCUUUGACUCGCAGCUUGCAGAACCGAGGAGGGAGACGCUCGAGAGGGCCAUGGACGUCGAGGAUUGGGAGACGGACAUCCACGGGAGUACAGGGGCUGCUGCUGCUGCUACUACUUUGCCAGCCUUCCAGCCCAGCUUCGAGAAAAGGGGGGGGUUAUCUGGAAGAGUAAAUGAAACAACAUCCAGCUUCAGUCAGAAUGCAAAGGUACCAGGUGUUUAUGCAACACCAAACAGAGAUGAGAAACCAACCGGUGGAUUUGGAGGUGGAAGGAUAUUUCCAAAUAGAGGAAACAGGUUUGAAGAAAGACAGAGUUUUGAUUCAGAAAGAGGAAACAGGUUCGAAGAAAGAAAGAGUUUUGAUUCAGAAAGAGAUUUUGGUGAUAAUGAAGACAGCCAGCCAGCCAGAAGAGGUCUAAGGAGAGGAGGUUUUCAAGGAAUCAGUGACAGUGGUUCUCGUAGGGGUGGAAGAGGAUCAUUUCAAGGUGGCAAAGGAGGAUAUGGGCAGUUUGCAAAUGAUGAAAAUGAGAGUCAGGAUAUAAGACCGGGAUCUGGCAGCUUUGGCUUUAAAAGAGGAGGAGCUUUUGGUGCUCCAGCAGGUGACUUUGAAAAUAGAGGAAGAGGAUUUGGAGGCAGAGGGGGAUACAAAGGAAACGAUGAAGAAAUGAUUGGUGGCUCUGUUAGAAGUAUGUGGAAAUCAGAUGGAGACCCAGAAAAAGGUGAUGGUGGAGGUCCAAAGGUGACAUACGUACCACCUCCACCACCAGAUGCUGAAUCUGCCAUCUUUGCACGUUACCAGACAGGGAUAAAUUUUGACAAAUACGAUAACAUUCUUGUGGAGGUUUCAGGACUUGAUCCUCCAUCAGCAAUACUGACAUUUGAUGAAGCUAAUCUGUGCCAAAUAUUAAUGGAGAACAUUGCUAGAGCUGGAUAUUUUAAACUUACUCCAGUGCAGAAAUACAGUAUUCCUAUUGUGCUGGCAGGACGUGAUUUAAUGGCAUGUGCUCAAACAGGAUCUGGGAAAACAGCAGCUUUUCUUAUUCCAAUUAUGGCUCAUAUGCUACGCGAUGGAAUCACUGCUACUCACUUCAAAGAACAACAGGAACCAGAAUGUAUAAUCGUAGCUCCGACUAGAGAACUGAUAAACCAGAUCUUUUUGGAAUCAAGAAAAUUUUCAUAUGGAACAUGUAUAAGGCCAGUUGUCAUUUAUGGAGGUAUACAAAUGGGACAUACAAUUCAUCAGAUAAUGCAAGGGUGUAAUAUACUGUGUGCUACCCCAGGAAGGCUUUUGGAUAUAAUAAACAGAGGAAAGAUUGGUCUGUCCAAAUUAAAAUACUUGGUGUUAGAUGAAGCAGACCGUAUGCUGGACAUGGGAUUUGGUCCUGAUAUGAAGAGAUUGGUUUCAAGUCCAGGCAUGCCGUCAAAAGAUCAACGACAGACACUUAUGUUUAGUGCUACUUUUCCUGAGGAAAUCCAGAGGCUGGCUGGGGAAUUUUUGAAGGAAGACUACUUAUUUGUUGUUGUUGGACAAGUGGGUGGAGCCUGCAGUGAUGUUGAACAGACUAUACUUCAAGUAAAUCAAUAUGACAAGAGAGAUAAGCUUCUGGAAAUUCUCAAUACCAUAGGUAAGGAACGAACAAUGGUGUUUGUGGAAACAAAGAAAAAAGCAGACUUUAUUGCAACUUUUCUUUGUCAGGAAUACAUACCAACGACAAGCAUUCAUGGGUAA